CGUCUCCCCGACCCGCCACAGGUUUCCGCUGGCCUGCGGCCGGGGGUCGGGAGCUGUGGGCGUUAGUUUCCCCUAAGAUGGCGGGCGAGGAGGCUGAAGGCGCCGAGCGGAUGGACACCAGCCCCGAGCUGCCCCAGACCCCGCAGCGCCUGGCAGCAUGGUGGGAUCAGCAAGUUGAUUUUAAUACUGCUUUUUUACAUCAUUUGGCACAAUUGGUGCCAGAAAUUUAUUUUGCGGAGAUGGACCCAGACUUGGAAAAGCAAGAAGAGAAUGCACAGAUGUCAAUAUUCACUCCACUGGAAUGGUGCUUAUUUGGAGAAGAUCCAGAUAUUUGCUUAGAGAAGUUAAAGCACAGUGGAGCAUUUCAACUGUGUGGGAAGGUUUUCAAAAGUGGAGAAACUACAUAUUCUUGUAGGGACUGUGCAAUUGAUCCAACAUGUGUACUCUGUAUGGACUGCUUCCAGAAUAGUGCUCAUAAAAAUCAUCGUUACAAGAUGCAUACUUCUACUGGAGGCGGGUUUUGUGAUUGUGGAGACACAGAGGCAUGGAAAACUGGCCCUUUUUGUAUAAAUCAUGAACCUGGAAGAGUGGGUACUGCAAAAGAGACUUUACAUUGUUCAUUGAAUGAAGUGGUGAUUGCUCAAGCCAGAAAAAUAUUCCCUGCUGUGAUCAAAUACAUUGUAGAAAUGACUAUAUGGGAAGAAGAAAAAGAACUGCCUCCUGAGCUGCAGAUAAGAGAGAAAAAUGAAAGAUACUAUUGUGUCCUUUUCAAUGAUGAACACCAUUCUUAUGACCAUGUGAUCUACAGUCUACAAAGAGCUCUUGACUGUGAACUUUUAGAAGCCCAGUUGCACACCACUGCCAUAGACAAAGAGGGUCGACGGGCUGUUAAAGCAGGGGCUUAUGCCGCUUGCCAGGAAGCAAAGGAAGAUAUAAAGAGUCAUUCCGAGAAUGUCUCUCAGCACCCACUUCACGUUGAAGUGUUGUACUCUGAGGUUAUGGCUCAUCAGAAAUUCGCUUUGCGUCUUGGCUCCUGGAUGAACAAAAUUAUGAGUUAUUCAAGUGACUUUAGGCAGAUUUUCUGCCAAGCAUGCCUUAUAGAAGAACCUGGCUCUGAGAAUCCUUGUCUCAUAAGCAGACUUAUGCUUUGGGAUGCAAAGCUUUAUAAAGGUGCCCGUAAGAUCCUUCACGAAUUGAUCUUCAGCAGUUUUUUUAUGGAGAUGGAAUAUAAAAAACUCUUUGCUAUGGAAUUUGUGAAGUAUUACAAACAACUGCAGAAAGAAUAUAUCAGCGAUGAUCAUGAUAGGAGUAUCUCUAUAACAGCAUUAUCAGUUCAGAUGUUUACCGUUCCUACUCUGGCUCGACAUCUUAUUGAAGAGCAGAAUGUUAUUUCUGUCAUUACUGAGACUCUGCUAGAAGUUUUACCUGAAUACUUGGACAGGAACAAUAAAUUCAACUUCCAAGGUUAUAGCCAGGACAAACUGGGAAGAGUAUAUGCAGUAAUAUGUGACCUAAAGUAUAUCCUGAUUAGCAAGCCUACAAUAUGGACAGAAAGACUAAGAAUGCAGUUCCUUGAAGGCUUUCAAUCUUUUCUGAAGAUUCUUACCUGCAUGCAGGGAAUGGAAGAAAUCAGAAGACAGGUUGGACAACACAUUGAAGUUGAUCCUGACUGGGAGGCUGCCAUUGCCAUCCAGAUGCAACUGAAGAAUAUUUUACUAAUGUUCCAAGAGUGGUGUGCUUGUGAUGAAGACCUCUUACUAGUGGCAUAUAAAGAAUGUCACAAAGCUGUGAUGAAGUGUAGCACAGGUUUCAUAUCUAGUAGAAAGACCAUAGUACAAUUAUGCGGUCAUACUUUGGAAACAAAAUCCUAUCGUGUAUCUGAGGAUCUUGUAAGCAUACAUUUGCCACUCUCUAGGACUCUUGCUGGUCUCCAUGUGCGUUUAAGCAGGUUGGGUGCUAUUUCAAGACUGCAUGAAUUUGUACCUUUUGAGGACUUUCAAAUAGAGGUGCUGGUAGAAUAUCCUUUGCGUUGUCUGGUAUUGGUUGCCCAAGUUGUUGCUGAGAUGUGGCGAAGAAAUGGGUUGUCUCUCAUAAGUCAGGUGUUUUAUUACCAAGAUGUUAAGUGCAGGGAAGAAAUGUAUGAUAAAGACAUCAUCAUGCUUCAGAUUGGAGCAUCAUUGAUGGAACCAAACAAGUUCUUGUUACUGGUACUUCAGAGGUAUGAGCUUGUUGAUGCUUUUAACAAUACCGUAGCCACAAAAGACCAGGAUAUGAUUAAACAGUAUAAUACAUUAAUUGAAGAAAUGCUUCAGGUCCUCAUCUAUAUUGUGGGAGAACGUUAUGUUCCUGGAGUGGGAAAUGUGUCCAAAGAAGAGGUCAUAAUGAGAGAAAUUAUUCACUUGCUUUGCAUUGAACCUAUGCCACACAGUGCCAUUGCUAAAAAUUUACCUGAGAAUGAAAAUAAUGAAACUGGCUUAGAAAAUGUCAUAAGCAAAGUGGCCAUAUUUAAGAAACCAGGCAUAUCAGGUCAUGGAGUUUAUGAACUGAAAGAGGAAUCACUGAAAGACUUCAAUAUGUACUUUUACCAUUACUCUAAAACACAGCAUAGCAAGGCUGAACAUAUGCAGAAAAAAAGACGAAAACAAGAAAAUAAAGAUGAAGCAUUGCCUCCACCUCCUCCUCCUGAUUUCUGUCCUGCUUUCAACAAAGUAAUCAAUAUUCUCAACUGUGACAUUAUGAUGCACAUUCUCAGGACCAUAUUUGAGCGGGCUGUAGACACAGAUUCUAACUUGUGGACGGAAGGGAUGCUCCAAAUGGCAUUCCAUCUUUUGGCCCUGGGCUUGCUAGAAGAGAAGCAGCAGCUCCAGAGAGCUGCAGAAGAGGAAGUGACGUUCGACUUCUAUCAUAAGGCUUCAAGAUUGGGAAGUUCAUCCAUGAAUGCUCAGAAUAUACAAAUGCUUUUGGAGAAACUCAAAGGAAUUCCCCAAUUAGAAGGCCAGAAGGACAUGGUAACAUGGAUACUCCAGAUGUUUGACACAGUGAAACGAUUGAGAGAAAAAUCAUCUUUAAUUGUAGCAACUAUUUCAGAAUUGGAAUCCAUUAAGAAUGAUGAGAUUACUCAUGAUAAAGAAAAAGCAGAACGAAAGAGAAAAGCUGAAGCAGCUCGGCUCCACCGCCAGAAGAUCAUGGCUCAGAUGUCUGCCCUGCAGAGGAACUUCAUUGAGACUCACAGACUAAUGUACGACAGUACUUCAGAAAUGCCUGGGAAAGAAGAUUCCAUCAUGGAGGAGGAGAGCAGCCCAGUAAUCGGUGACUCCUCUAGAAUUGCUUUGGGUCCUAAACGAGGCCCAACUGUGACUGAAAAGGAGGUGUUGACAUGCAUCCUCUGCCAAGAAGAACAAGAGGUGAAAAUAGAAAAUAGUGCCAUGGUAUUAUCUGCUUGUGUCCAGAAAUCCACUGCUUUAACUCAACACAGAGGAAAACCUAUAGAUUUAUCUGGGGAAACCCUGGACCCUCUUUUUAUGGAUCCAGAUUUGGCACAUGGAACUUAUACAGGAAGCUGUGGUCAUGUAAUGCAUGCAGUGUGCUGGCAGAAGUAUUUUGAAGCUGUACAACUGAGCUCUCAGCAGCGAAUUCAUGGAGACCUCUUUGACUUGGAAAGUGGAGAAUAUCUUUGCCCACUUUGCAAGUCUCUGUGCAAUACUGUGAUCCCCAUUAUUCCUUUGCAGCCUCAGAAGAUAAACAGUGAGAAUGCAGAGGCUCUUGCUCAACUUUUGACCUUGGCACGGUGGAUACAGACUGUUCUUGCCAGAAUAUCAGGCUAUAAUAUGAAACAUACCAAAGGAGAAACUCCAACAGUUCCUGUCUUGUUUAAUCAAGGAAUGGAAGAUUCCACCUUUGAGUUUCAUUCCAUUCUGAGUUUUGGAGUUCAGUCUUCGGUCAAGUAUUCUAAUAGUAUCAAGGAAAUGGUCAUUCUUUUUGCCACAACAAUUUAUAGAAUUGGCUUGAAAGUGCCUCCUGAUGAACUAGAUCCUCGUGUCCCCAUGAUGACCUGGAGCACAUGUGCCUUCACUGUCCAGGCAAUUGAAAACUUACUGGGAGAUGAAGGAAAACCUCUCUUUGGAGCACUUCAAAAUAGGCAGCACAAUGGUCUAAAAGCAUUAAUGCAGUUUGCACUUGCUCAGAGGAUUACCUGUCCUCAGGCCCUGAUACAGAAACAUCUGCUUCGUCUCCUGUCAGUUGUUCUUCCUAACCUGAAAUCAGAAGAUACACCAAACCUUCUAUCUGUAGAUCUAUUUCAUGUUUUGGUAGGUGCUGUCUUAGCAUUCCCAUCCUUGUAUUGUGACGACACUGUUGAUCUGCAGCCUUCAUCAGUUAGCUCUUCCUAUAACCACCUUUAUCUCUUCCAUUUGAUCACCAUGGCACACAUGCUGCAGAUACUUCUUACCAUAGACACAGGCCUCCCCCUUGCUCAGGUGGAAGAAGACGGUGAGGAAGCUCAUUCUGCAUCAUCUUUCCUUGCAGAAGUUUCACAGUAUACAAGUGGCCUCACCGGGUGUGGUGUUCCUGGCUGGUAUUUGUGGGCCUCCUUGAAGAAUGGCAUCACUCCUUACCUUCGCUGUGCUGCAUUGUUUUUCCACUACUUGCUUGGGGUAACUCCACCUGAAGACCUACUUACCAAUUCUACAGAAGGAGAAUACAGUGCCCUAUGUAGCUAUCUAUCUUUACCCACAAAUUUGUUUCUGCUUUUCCAAGAAUAUUGGGAUACUGCAAGGCCCUUACUCCAGAGGUGGUGUGCAGAUCCUGCUUUACUCAACUGCUUGAAGCAGAAAAGUGUUGUGGUCAGGUACCCUAGAAAAAGGAACAGUCUGAUAGAGCUUCCUGAUGACUACAGCUGCCUCCUAAAUCAGGCUUCUCAUUUCAGGUGUCCACGGUCUGCAGAUGAUGAGCGCAAACACCCAGUCCUCUGUCUUUUCUGUGGGGCCAUACUGUGUUCUCAGAACAUUUGCUGCCAAGAAAUUGUGAAUGGGGAAGAGGUUGGAGCUUGCAUUUUUCAUGCCCUUCAUUGUGGCGCAGGAGUCUGCAUUUUCCUGAAAAUCAGAGAAUGCAGAGUGGUCCUGGUGGAAGGAAAAGCCAGAGGCUGUGCUUACCCAGCCCCUUAUUUGGACGAAUAUGGAGAAACAGAUCCUGGGCUAAAGAGGGGCAAUCCACUUCACUUAUCUCAUGAAAGGUAUCGGAAGCUCCACACAGUCUGGCAACAACACUGCAUCAUAGAGGAGAUUGCUAGGAGCCAAGAAACCAACCAGAUGUUGUUUGGAUUCAACUGGCAGUUACUGUGAACUCCAACUCUGCCUCAAGACAAUCAUGAGUGACAGUAAUAACAGCUGAUUGAAAAUCCCAAGAGCUGGGAAAAUACCAGAGAUCUUUUGCUCUAUGUCCAGAAUCAUGUACAUCAAUAAAAUAUUUCUUCAUG